CUGCCAUGUUACCCACCCUCAAUGUCCCUCCUUAGACAUGCUCAGCGACAAAUCGACAGCUUAGGACGAUACAGCCAUCUCAAUGCCUUUGUCAACGUCGCCAACCUCGAAACAGUCCUUGCUCGCGUCGCGACAGCGGCCGGCCCUUCGCCGACCGACAAUGUAGAUCCUCGCAGCCCAAACGGCAGGCUCGUCGCUAUCAAGGACAAUAUAUGUACAACCGAUAUACCUACCACGGCUGCAUCCGGGAUAUUGAAGAAGUUCAACAGUCCGCACGAUGCGACUGUGGUGAGGCAACUGCGCGAGGCAGGUGCGAUCGUGCUGGGAAAGACGAACAUGGAUGAGUUUGGCAUGGGGUCGCACACCACACACUCGCAUUUUGGAGCGACAAAAUCCCAGUGUGAUGGCGUGGAGCGCAGCGCUGGAGGCAGCUCAGGCGGAAGCGCUGUGGCGGUCGCGACGGGGCAAUGCUGGGCGGCAUUGGGAACCGACACAGGCGGCUCUGUCAGGUUACCCGCUGCCUAUACUGGGACCGUCGGAUUCAAGCCGAGCUAUGGGCUGCUCAGUCGAUGGGGAGUGAUCGCAUAUGCAAACUCCCUGGACACGGUCGGUAUACUUGGCACCGACGUGGACAGCGUGGAAGGCAUUUUUGAUAUCACGAAUGCAUACGACCGUCAAGAUCCUACGUCUUUGGACCCUACAACACGUUCUGGCCUCCCAGUUGAGGAGCCAGCGCCAUCAAAAACGUUGAAGGUCGGAGUGCCGAUAGAUUAUAACAUCUCAUCUCUCGACCCUGCCGUGCGGAAGGCAUGGUUGCGUUCCCUCCAGCUCCUACAAAAGCGCGGCCACACACUACACAAAGUACAUCUGCCCGCGACUCAGCACGCGCUCUCCGCAUACUACGUUCUCGCACCCGCGGAAGCAUCGAGUAAUCUGGCCAAGUAUGACGGCGUUCGCUACGGAUCCCGAGCAGAAGGCAAAGAUGGCACACCGGAGAGUGUACUGUUUGCAAAGACGCGGGGAGAAGGGUUUGGUCCCGAAGUCCAGCGGAGGAUUCUUCUGGGAGCAUUCUCGCUGAGUGCGCAGGCUAUUGACAACUACUUCAUCCAGGCCCAGAAGGUGAGGAGGCUAGUGCAGCAGGACUUUGACAAGGCAUUCGCUACGCCGAAUUGCUUGAACAGCUUAGAGUACGGCAAGAAAGCAGAUGGCGUGGACGUCCUCUUGUGUCCCACGGCCCCAACGCUAGCGCCGAAAUUCUCCGAGAUUAAGGACCAGAAGCCGUUGCAUGCGUACAUGAACGACGUCUUUACGGUGCCUGCCAGUCUGGCUGGCCUUCCAGCAAUCAGUGUACCGAUUCAAGUCGACAAAGCUACCAAAAGCGAAAGUGCAGGAGCCGCCGGGAUGCAGAUCAUAGGGCAGUAUGGCGACGAUAAACUGGUUCUUGCUGUGGCCCGACAGCUUCUGGAAGCUGCCAAAGCCGGCUGAUUAGACUGUCUGUACAAGAGUACCGAAUAGAUACCCAUGCAAAGAUCACAUCCCAUUUCUUCCCCCCCCCGGACAAGUGACCAGCAAUCAAGUCCGCACUUGAGAUGACAGAAAGUUCGAAGUUCGAGAGACGCAGGAUUAGCUCUCGUAAGCAGCCUUUCCAGCACAAUUCCUAAGUGGGACGUCGCGACAGUGCAAGCAUACAAAACGACGGUUUCAAUUGAAGCACUACGUAACCCCGUGCCAGGCACGCCGCUUUUUCUCCUCCGCCAUGCCCCCGCCUUCCUCCAGAAUUCUCCUAAGCU